CUUUCAUUUUCUCCGUUCAUCAAGGGCACCAUUUCUGAACGCAGACUACAUGCUCGGAAGUCUCUCAAAUUGCUGACACACGGGUACGAUGUUCAUGGCUUGACACCUGGCCCUCUCUUGAUAACUUUGCUGGGUGCGUGGCCAAUUUCUCAACGUGCUUGGGUUGCAGCCACUCCUGACUCCCCUGCUUGCUUAUAAUGGCACAACCAUCAACGCCACAACCUCAUAUUUUCCAACCAACGCCGAUACCCGCAACUACGAGUUUCUUUAACAGCAUCGCGUCGACUUCUAGGACGGUCUCUGGUUGCAACACACCGACAGGAUCCACAUACCUGAUGCCUACCAGCCCCGCCAAGAAUGCUCUGUCAUCAAAGGAUGGCUCGAAACCGAAAAUUGUCAAGACAACGGGCCAGAAGCCGGCUUGUCUAGUCAACGCAUCUGUGACAUACUGUGGUAACGAGCAGAUCUACGCCUUUGGAGGCUUCGACCAGUUCACAGACGAAGUGUACAAUCACGUGCUGAGGCUGAACCUGAAGACGCUAAAUUGGGCGCUAGUCGACAAUUAUGGAGAUAUUCCGGGAGUUCGCAUGGGCCAUUCAGCCUCGUUAUACCAAGGUGACAAACUUCUUGUCUACGGCGGAGAGAACGAACAUCGAGAGUAUUUGUCCGACGUUGUGAUUCUAAACCUCAAAGACCAUCACUGGACUCAACCAGAAGUUCAGGGGCCUAUUCCCAAGGGUCGCGCUCGCCACGCAGCGGUCGUCUACGAAGAUAAAUUAUUCGUCAUCGGUGGUCUGACAGGCGAAGCUAAUUACAUCCUCGACGACAUCUGCUACCUUGACCUGAAAACAUGGACAUGGUCUAAGACCUGGAGCUUUGUCCAGCGAUUUGAUCACAGUGCCUGGAUCUGGGGUGGCAGACUAUGGGUGUUGGGCGGCCUCGGCGCAGACAUGGAGCGUCCAUCUGAAAUAUGGUGGUUGGAUCUCAAGGGGAGCCCUGCCCUUUCUGGUUCCGGAAAACAUUAUUCCACCAUGGGACGACUUCCAGGCUCUCGAUCGGAUCCUUUCUUGCAUCCAAACAGAGCCGAUCGUGUCGAUACAUACACAGCAAACUCGGGCAGCGUUCACAUCCGUUCGUCUCGUAGAGAGAAACCUACAGCGCCUGGCGCGAUAUCGUCGCUCAAAUUCGUGUCAGGACCCCAUGUGCCGCUACAGUCAUCCGGGACACACUUCCAUGUGUGCUCAUCCGGAACGUUGUUGGACUUUGUAACACCAUCGUCCACGAUACGGCACAGUGAAUGUAACUUGUCUUCUCUGGAGCUGGACUCGCUAAGAUGGCAACGCCUCGUCGAAGGUCCCGAGUUGUUCCAACCAAAUUACAAAUGGCACUAUUGCACCAUCAACGAGGAUGGGACCAAAGUCUGGCUUCUUGGAUCUACCACCGAAGACGCGUCUGCUAUAGGGCAAGAACUUCAACUGAGCGAGGUCCUCGCUGUGGACCUCAAGAGAUACGGUCUUCUGGGCACGCAAGACGGCACUCUCUCAUCCGAGCAGAACCGUAUUCUUGCCUCUGAACGUCCGACCGUCCACGCUAGUUCCCUAGGCGGAGGAACAGGCCUCGGCUCUGAUUUCGCCGCCAUCUUCGACCAGCCUCCAGAGACCAGUAUGAGUGACUUCGUAAUCACGGCCAACAUUGAAUCAACUGACGACGAUGACGUCUCCGAGAGCGGGUCCCAGGGCAGGUUCUCACUCAAUUCGACUAGCAGUCAAAUGCUCGUGUCUGACAACAGCAAUGUUUCUCACCCGAUUUUUGUCCACAAGAUGAUCCUUCAAGCCCGCUGGCCCCACUUCAGACGCCUCUACGCGUCGAAAAUGGUCGAAUAUCAGACCUCACGUCUGCACAUACCCGAGCCUUAUUCCGUCGUUCGGGCAUUCCUAUACUACUUGUACACCGACAGCAUCGCCCCACACGCCGAAUUCUGUCGCGACCUCACCGACGUGGCGGGCAUGCUCGUCAUGGCCAACCUGUACGACAUGCCCAAGUUGCGUCUCUUGUGUGUCAAUCGACUCUCGCGCGAGAUCGACAUUGAACACGCCGCCGUGAUUUGGGAACGCGCCGGACGCACCGAAGAAGAAUGGCUCAAGGCUCGGGCGGCCCGCUUCUGCCUGAUGAACUGGGGCCGCGUCGUCCGCACCGAAGGCUUCAGGAGUCUCAGCCGUCAGAGUCUGAUGGAACUGUGUGAGGUCGUGGACACCGAGGGGAGAGUUGUUGGUGGUGAAGAACUCGACGACGUCUGCGUCGACGGGUUUGGCGCCGGCGGUAGCUACAGACAUCGGCGAAGAAGCCACCGCCCGAGCGAAACGGCUGACGAGACCGAGGGAGACGACGAAGACGGAAUGGAUAUGAACUAGUAUUCCCUUCCUGGUACAAGAAAGAGAAAGGCAGCCGAUACAGCACGUAACGUCUCUCUUGCGGCGAGGAAGGAUAGGAACGGGACACGGGAGGGGAUAACCUGCCUAGGUAAGGUAAACAAGCUCUUCGAGGCCUACCUAUGUAAGAUCAAGCAACCGAGAAAAAAAAAACAUGUGAUACGAAACAAAGGCGGAACAAACAGGCAUUCGAGCGCGGGGGAAGGAAAAAUUUGGGCACAACAAGGGAUGGAUGGCGUUAUGCACAAUGAGCAAGCUCUAUACUGUACUCCGUACUUUUUCUUUUUCAGCCUGACGAAGCGAGACAUUGACUAUUAUUGGCAGCGCAUCAACAACGACGACGACGACAUAGCUUGGGCUCGGGGACACGUCUUUGAACUUUUCUUAUUUUCUUCUUUCCAUUUUUCAUUCCCAUCAGCAUCAGGUUCCUUCACACUAUUCUAGGUAGUUUCUUUUUCUUCGCAGCUUAUAGAAGUAUGACUUUUUGUACAUGAUAUCCC